AUGGAUCGCCAAAGCACAUACGCCCUCAGCCUGUUUGGCACCGAUCGCGAUGACUCCGAAAACACAAACUCUCACGUCCAGCAGCAGCUGACCGACUUUGUCCUCGAUUUUCACAUCGACAACGUUUUCAUCUACAGAGAUCAAAUCCGCGAGAACGUGUUGAUCAAGCAAUACUAUUGUGACAUUGACAUCGCCCACCUCAUUUCCUACAACGAAGAGCUGGCCCACAGGCUCACUACCGCCCCCGCCGACAUCAUUCCUCUCUUCGAGGCCGCCCUCAAGACCUGCACCCAGCGCAUUGUCUACCCGUCGCAGAAGAACAUCAGUCUUCCCCAACAUCAGCUCCUUCUCCACUCGUCCGUCUCCGAGAUCUCCAUCCGCGACCUCAACGCUACCAAUGUUUCCCACCUCGUUCGCAUACCCGGCAUCGUCAUCGGCGCCUCCACCCUGACCUCGAAAGCAACCACGCUUCAAAUACAAUGUCGCAACUGUCAGCACGCGCAGACGCUACCAGUGACGAGUGGCUUCGCUGGCGUCUCGUUGCCGCGGACCUGCGCAAGACAAAGGACCGACGGCGACACGGCGGACAAGUGCCCACUGGAUCCCUACUUUGUCGUCCACGAGAAGUGUGCCUUUAUCGAUCAGCAAGUUCUGAAGCUGCAGGAGGCUCCAGACCAGGUCCCGGUUGGAGAGCUUCCCCGCCAUAUCCUGGUCUCCGCCGACCGUUAUCUGUGCAACAGAGUUGUCCCUGGUUCGAGAUGCAUCGUCAUGGGCGUCUUCUCCAUCUACCAGAGCAAAGGCGGCAAGAACAAUUCUGCCGUUGCCAUCCGCAACCCCUACCUUCGUGCCGUCGGCAUCCACUCGCAGGUCGACCACACCAUGAAAGGCAACGCCACCUUCACGGAAGAGGAAGAGCAGGAGUUCCUGGAGAUGAGCAGACGGCCCGACCUCUACGAGCUUCUCGCGAGCUGCAUUGCUCCUUCUAUCUACGGGAAUGUGGAUAUCAAGAAGGCAAUAGCAUGUCUCCUGUUCGGCGGUGCCAAGAAGAUUCUGCCUGACGGCAUGAAGCUGAGAGGCGAUAUCAACGUUCUUCUUCUCGGUGACCCAGGUACCGCCAAGUCGCAAUUGUUGAAGUUUGUGGAGAAAGUUGCACCAAUUGCUAUUUACACCUCUGGCAAAGGUUCUUCCGCUGCAGGUUUAACAGCCUCUGUCCAGCGUGACCACAACACACGCGAAUUCUACCUCGAAGGUGGUGCAAUGGUUCUUGCGGACGGAGGCGUCGUCUGCAUCGAUGAGUUUGACAAGAUGCGAGAUGAGGAUCGUGUGGCAAUCCACGAAGCCAUGGAGCAGCAGACAAUUUCCAUUGCCAAGGCGGGCAUCACCACUAUCUUGAACGCUAGGACAUCGGUUCUCGCAGCUGCAAACCCUAUAUUCGGACGAUACGAUGACCUGAAGACUCCGGGCGAGAACAUCGACUUUCAGACCACCAUCCUGUCACGUUUCGAUAUGAUUUUCAUCGUCCGUGAUGAGCACGAGCGUGGCCGCGAUGAGAAAAUAGCCAAGCACGUGAUGGGAAUCCACAUAGGUGACGGCAGUAUCGAGGAUCAGGUGCAAGCUGAGAUCUCGGUGGAGAAAAUGAAGCGCUACAUCAGCUAUUGCAAACAAAAAUGCGCCCCCCGCCUCUCUGCUGAGGCAGCAGAAAAGCUGUCCUCGCACUUCGUCAGCAUCCGUCGUCAAGUUCAUGCUGCCGAGAUGACUGCCAAUGCCCGCUCAUCCAUUCCCAUCACCGUUCGUCAGCUCGAAGCUAUUGUCCGUAUAACAGAAUCUUUGGCGAAGAUGACCCUGUCGCCAAUUGCCACAGAGACGCAUGUGGACGAGGCGAUCCGCCUCUUCCUGGCCAGUACCAUGGACGCUGUGACCCAGGGCGAGGGCCAAGGUAGCCGGGAACUUAUGGAAGAGGUUAACAAGGUCGAGGAGGAGCUCCGGAGACGUUUGCCCAUCGGCUGGACUACCAGCUUGGCAACGCUAAAGCGAGAGUUUGUGGACGCAAAAGGCUACAGUGAACAGGCGCUCAACAGAGCUCUGGUUGUCAUGCAACGGAGAGAAACGGUCCAGAUCCGACACGGUGGCGCUCAGGUGCAUCGGAGCGGUGUCUGA